CCCGCCUGUUUUUCAGUCUGGUCUCCGCGGUCCUGCUGAGACUCGAGCGUCCCUGUGCUCGUGUGUUUUUUUUCUCAAGACAAAGUGAUUUAAUGCAUUAGACAGGAAGAGCAGGAGAGGAGCAGCACCUGUCCGGAUCACGGUGCAGCCGUGUUCCAGACAGCUGGCGUCUCGUCUGCUCCUCUGACGGUCAUGAAGGCUUCAGGAUCUGAAAAUGUUACGGAUUUAAACGAGCUUCCUGUGGAGGCGAAGCUGAUCAAACCGUAUCUGCUGGAGCUGAGACGCAGGGCUGAGAAGGAGCCCGUGGUUAAACCACAUCCACAUUUAUCUGAUCUCUUCCUGAUCAGAUUCCUGAGAGCCAGAGACUUUGAUGUGGAGUUGGCACUGAAGUUAUUGAUUAAUUAUCAUAAAUGGAGACAAGAGUGUCCUGAAAUAAGCGCUAAUCUGCGACCGUCGUCCAUCAUCGGCCUGCUGAGGAACAACUACCACGCGGUUCUCAGGUCCAGAGACGCUGCCGGGAGCAGAGUGUUACUCUACAGGAUCGGUCAGUGGAAUCCUAAAGAGUUUUCCGCCUGUGAAGUUUUCCGUGUGAGUCUCAUCACAUCCGAGCUGAUUGUUCAGGAGACCGAGACUCAGAGAAACGGACUCAAGGCCAUUUUUGAUCUUCAGGGUUGGUGUUUCUGGCAUGCUCUCCAAAUCACCCCAUCACUGGCGAAAAAGAUCUCCUGCAUCCUCACGGACUCGUUUCCCUUGAAGGUGCGCGGGAUCCACUUCAUAAACGAGCCGCGGUUCUUCCGUCCCGUCUUCACUAUGAUCAGACCGCUUCUGCCGGACAAAAUUAAACAGAGGGUGCACUUCCACAGCAGUUCGUACAUGACGAGCCUAGCCCAGUUCUUCCCUCAGUCCGUCCUGCCCCCGGAGCUGGGCGGCUCGGGUCCGAGUGUAGACGAGCUGUGUGAGGAGUGGACGCGGCACAUCCUGCAGGCUGAAGGGUAUCUACAGAGUCUGUGUGUGGAUUCGGGAGGCAGCUCCGCUCACGGCUCAUGACGUCAUCACGCUGACGUUCUCCUCCUUUAUUACACCAGUGAGAAGAUGUUACAUCAUGGUGUCUGUUAUUCAGUUCGUUUAUAAUAACGAGUCUUUUAGGGUUUUGCUGAAACGCUCAAUUUAACUUUAUAUUUAAUAUUAAAUGUUUGAUUCUAAUUUCAUGGAAAUGCAUGUUUUGUUUUUAGGUCUUACAGACUUUUUAACUUUUUAAUUUGUGUGUGUGUGUGAGAGAGGAUGAACUUUGCUUUUAUAUUUAGAGGAUAAACACUCUGCAGUCUAAUCCAUUGAUUCAUCCCUGCAGUGUGUGUGUUGUAUUCUCAGUGCGGUUAAAUUUAAUUAAUUUAUGUUUAUGGGAAAGUAAUAAAUGAAGGACAAUAAAUAUAAUAAAUUCUCAUGCUGUAUUCACUUAUGUGUCAUUUUAUGUUAUU